GAGGCCCCGCCCACCCGCCUUCCUUCCUGCUUGCCUGCCUGCCUGCCUUCGCUCGGAGGCGCUCGGUUAUUUCCGCCGAUCGGGAGGGCGUCGGGGCUGGCCGUGGAAGCCCGGGGAUGUCGUCGGAGUACCAGGCCGUCCAGCGGGGCCCGUUGCGGCUCAAAGGGGGCGUCGAAGUGGGGUCCGCGGCCAAGCGGAAGAAGAAGAAAGGGAAGGAGAAAAACAAGAUCGUGGACCAGAUUGUGAGCAGCAAAAAGCAGGAGGAAGAGGACGAGGAGAAGACACGGGCUUUGGAUAAGCGGACCCCAGCGCAGCUGGCCUAUGAGAAGAUGCAGGAGAAGCGGCAAAUUGAGCGCAUCCUGAAGAAAGCUUCCAAAACCCACAAGCAGAGGGUUGAGGAUUUUAACCGGCACUUGGAUACCUUAACGGAGCAUUAUGACAUCCCGAAAGUCAGCUGGACGAAAUGAGCAUCCGCACCGUCCUCGCUUGCUCUUGACAAAGCUUCGGCCAGGAUGUUUUCUGGGGAAAGACUGGGGGGGGGGGCCUUCCAGUACCCUGCUGUUCUCAUCGGCCUGCCUUGAAAUGGCGUUGUUCCACAUCUCUAUCUAUUGCGUUGUCUUAUCGGGGUGUGGCAUUUUGGCCAAUGAUAAACCAACCAACCAAAAAAAAAAA